AUGUGUUUUCUGUUUAUGUCUGUCUCAGAUAUAACACAACAGUCAGCCGAUUGUGAUAGCUCACAGAUCUCUGUUACCAACUGCAAAUCUAUUCGAUUCAGUUCCUGUUUAAAUGCAAAAAACAGCAGUUAG